AUGCUAGAAAGACUAUACAAGCUGGGGCUUGUUCGAUCAUUACCUCAGGUGAAGACAUCGAUAUCUGGUGGCAACCGUGGAUACCCUGGCUUGAGUAUGACCAAUUUCGUGAUCUGGUGGAGAGCAUCAGACCAAAAGCUCCAUGCAAAAAGGCUAGCUGAGAUUCCGAUUGCCAAGAACUCUGAUAGUGAUACCCUUAUUUGGAAGGAAUCCACUACUAGAAAUUUCAGUGUUAAAGGAGCUUAUUGGGUGGAUCAGAAGAGCCGAUUCGGAGCUAUUGAUCCUUUGUGGAAUUGGAUUUGGGACUCGAAAAUCCAUCCGCGUGUGAGCAUGAUGAUUUGGAGGGCUUGUUUGAAGGUUCUUCCCACGGGUGACAGGCUGGGUCUCUCUACUGAUUGUCCAGUUUUUCUCUCGGUCCCUGAAUCUCCAAUCCAUCUGUUUGCCCGCUGUAAGUUUGCCUCGGCUCUGUGGUUUUCCGGCCCCUUACCCGUGAGAAUUGAUCAAAUACCCGGGGACAACAUUGCUGAUCUCUUAAGCAAUCUCUGUUCCUCAUUGGAUCCCCCUCUGAUAACCAAAAUGCUAAUUCUCUCUGGUGUGACUAUGGAUUGCAUAUGGAAGAACAGGAAUAUUCUUGUACAUAACACUGACUCUCGGUUCAGUGUGGACACUGUCAGGAUGGAAAUCUUCAACAAAUUCCAUGAAAUGAUUGCGGAGUUGGACUCUAAACAAAGGAUUCCCUUGCAGACCAAUCGCUUAUCCUUCCCUCGACUUACCACUGAAAGAUGCAUUUUAGUGGAUGGAUCGUUUAAGGAUGGGAAAUUUGGUUGUGGUAUGAUCGCCUUAUCCAAAAGCUCCGAUGAAUGGUGGAUAAGCACUUCAAGCAGUCUUUGUUCCUCGGCUCUUGAUGCUGAAUUGCAGGCUAUGCUGCUGGGUCUGCACUGGGCGUCUGCGAACCAAUGGGACAAUGUGUCUCUUGUCUCGGAUUCUAAGGCCUUGGUGGAGGGCAUCCGUGCGAAACGUUCUCCGGAUUGGAAGUUAUCAGCCUCCUUUUCCUUAAUAUUGCACUUGCUGUCUUCUUUUUAUUGUUGUAAUGUUGUUUUUGCGAAAAGAGAAUGUAUCUCUAUUGUUGAUGAACUGGCUAAGUCCUCUCUUCUUUCUCAAGACAGUAGGCAGAACUACAAAGGGGAGGGAUUUCCCCCUAUGAAUCCCAAUUCCUUUUAG